UCGAGAGGGCCAGCAUGUUGGUAAUCCUGCUGAACUGCGUUACUCUGGGAAUGUUUCACCCUUGUGAGGACAGCCACUGUGACUCAGAGCGAUGCAAGAUACUGGAGGACUUUGAUGAUUUCAUCUUUGCUUUUUUUGCCAUGGAGAUGGUAAUCAAGAUGGUUGCACUGGGCAUCUUUGGGAAAAAAUGUUACCUUGGAGACACCUGGAAUCGGCUAGACUUCUUCAUUGUGUUGGCUGGGAUGCUGGAAUACUCUCUCAACCUGCAGAAUGUUAGUUUCUCUGCGGUCCGAACGGUCCGAGUACUUCGACCUCUUCGGGCUAUCAACCGAGUGCCCAGUAUGAGGAUCCUGGUGACGCUUCUGCUGGACACUCUUCCCAUGCUGGGCAAUGUGCUGCUGCUUUGCUUCUUUGUUUUCUUUAUCUUUGGGAUCGUAGGGGUCCAGUUGUGGGCCGGGCUUCUCCGCAACCGCUGCUUCCUCCCGGAAAACUUCUCCCUGCCUACCAGUCUAGACCUGCACAAGUACUACCACACAGAAAAUGAUGAUGAAAACCCAUUUAUCUGUUCUCAACCACGGGAGAAUGGCAUGCGCCUGUGCAGCUCCAUCCCCACGCUUCACGAGGAGGGCCGGCAGUGCCAGCUGGACAUGGCAGCUUACAAUAGCACAGACAACACCACCUGCGUCAACUGGAACAAGUAUUACACCAACUGCUCUGCCGGAGAGGCCAAUCCCUUCAAGGGGGCCAUAAACUUUGACAACAUUGGUUAUGCCUGGAUUGCCAUCUUUCAGGUUAUUACUCUGGAGGGCUGGGUGGACAUCAUGUACUUUGUUAUGGAUGCUCACUCCUUCUACAAUUUCAUCUACUUCAUCCUCCUGAUAAUAGUGGGCUCAUUCUUCAUGAUCAACCUUUGUCUAGUUGUCAUAGCGACACAGUUCUCUGAGACCAAGCAACGAGAGAGCCAGCUUAUGAAGGAGCAGAGAGUGCGCUUCAGGUCCAACGCCAGCACGCUGAAUAGCUUCUCUGAGCCAGGAAGCUGCUACGACGAGCUUCUCAAAUACCUAGUCCACAUCAUCCGCAAAGGCACCAGGCAAAUCUGCCACCUCAUCCGAGCCGCCGGUCGUCGGGCAGGCCUGCGGAUCUGCGCUUCUCCGCCACUGGAACCACCGCCCACGAAAAGACGCCGUCAGAAGCAGCGCCAGGGAUCCAUCCAUCACGUCAUGCACCAUCAGCACCACCUCCACCAUCACUACCAUCUGGGCAAUGGGAGUGUCCGAACUGAUGGGGGCAGAGAGGUGGACAACGGUUCCCAGAGUGGAAAUGUCAACAACUCUGGGCAUCUCAUGCUACCUGUCAUUGUCCCUCAUCAGGACCCCUUUUGUGGGUCUCUGGGCCCCAGCGGUGCAGAAUCUGUGCAUAGUGUUUAUCAGACCGUGGGCCACCUUGAGCCACUGCGCUGCGGCCCCUCACCUUCUCCCACGGUUCUCCAUGCAUAUAAGAGGAACUCAGUACCAUUUGCGGCUCCAGUACAUAAGAACUACCCCACGUUACUGUCAUCUCUGGCCUUAGAGCAGCUCAGACAGAGAAUCCUGGAACCAGGAGGUGGCAGUUGCACUGCUAGUGUUCUUACCAACCUAAAUAUCCCACCUACUCCCAUCAACACCUCACAGUGCCUGGUGGAGACACAAGGUCCUCCUGGCAAGAUCAUCUGUAAGGAUACACUCAUGAACUGCAGUGGCACAAACUUAGACACCGCUUUGACCUUUGACCCUGAGACGUGUCCAUAUUGCGCCAAAUUCAUGGCCAGCGACUCUGAGGGAGUGGAUGGGAAUGAGACGGCAGACUCUGACAGUGAAGGUGUAUAUGAGUUCACACAGGAUGCCCAUUAUCGGGACAGCAGAGAUCCCAACAGGAAGAAGAAGAUGUUUGCAUUAGGAGCUCGGGCAGCAAAGGUGGUCCAUUUCUGGAGGCUGGUGUGCGACACUUUCCGUAAGAUUGUGGACAGCAAGUACUUUGGACAAGGAAUAAUGAUUGCCAUUCUCAUUAACACACUCAGCAUGGGCAUCGAGUACCAUGAGCAGCCUGAUGAGUUGACAAACGCUCUGGAAAUCAGUAAUAUUGUCUUCACCAGUUUGUUUGCACUGGAGAUGCUCCUGAAACUGCUGGUUUAUGGUCCUUUCGGCUACAUCAAGAACCCUUACAACAUCUUUGACGGCAUUAUUGUGGUUAUCAGCGUCUGGGAGAUUGUUGGUCAGCAGGGAGGAGGUUUAUCGGUGCUGAGGACCUUCAGGCUCAUGCGGGUGUUGAAGCUGGUCCGCUUCAUGCCGGCCCUGCAGAGGCAGCUGGUGGUCCUGAUGAAGACCAUGGACAAUGUUGCCACCUUCUGCAUGCUGCUUAUGCUUUUCAUAUUCAUUUUCAGUAUUCUAGGCAUGCACCUGUUUGGAUGUAAAUUCGGCUCUGAGAGAGAUGGAGACACACUUCCUGACCGCAAGAACUUUGACUCGUUGCUGUGGGCCAUUGUUACAGUUUUUCAGAUCUUGACUCAGGAGGACUGGAAUAAGGUACUGUAUAAUGGGAUGGCCUCCACCUCUCCUGUGGCUGCUCUGUACUUCAUCGCUCUCAUGACUUUUGGAAACUAUGUCCUGUUCAACCUGUUGGUGGCUAUCUUAGUGGAAGGAUUCCAAACUGAGGAAAUAACCAAGAGGGAAGAUUUGCAUGGCCAGCUGAGCUGUAUUCAGCUGCCUAUAGACUCAGGGGGCGAUGCCUCGAAGUCGGAUUCUGAAGCGGAUUUCUAUGCACGGAGCUUGGAGGAUGUUUCAGAACGUAAGAAGAAUCUAUCUGCAUCAUCUGUUGUGCCCAUCAAUGGCCAUGUAGAUUUGAAGAGCAGCCUGACCCCUCCCCUCAUCACUCACACGGCUGCAACACCCAUGCCCAUCCCUAAGAUAUCAGGAGGAGGAGAUCCGGCGCUAGGCUAUGAGUCCCGCAGAGGCAGCAAUGUCUCCAUGGAUCCUAAUGGCCAAGACAAAUCUCCAUCGAGUGCACGGAGUUCCCCAAAUGCCCCCUGGAGUUCAGCCAGUAGCUGGAACAGCAGGCGCUCCAGCUGGAAUAGCCUGGGCCGAGCCCCCAGCCUCAAGAGGCAGAAAUGCCAGUCUGGCGAACGCCGCUCCUUACUUUCUGGUGAUGGCCAGUCCAGCUCCGAUGAGGGAGAUGUGGGAGAGAGCGGGGGCGGAGGUGGCUUGUCUGAGGGCGAUGAUGCCUCCCUCGCCCGGACGGACUCCCUGGGCCAGAGGCCUCGGCACAGGCGCAUGGAGUCCUUGGAGACACGUAGCUCGUUUGAUCUGCCUCCAGACACCCUGCAGGUACCAUGCAUGCAUCGUUCCGCCAGCAUACACAGCGCCCGGCCGCCCAAUUUCCUCAGCAACGGCAAGAGUUCUCCAUCUGCAGCCACCACGCAGCUUUCUCUAGAUGAACUCCACAGCGAGGAUGACAAUGCAGAUGAUGAAGGAAACCUGAGUCGGAAGGCUCGUCUCUACUGCUGGCUGGAGCACAAGCAGCCCCAGUGGUGUCGGGAGAGGGUCACCUGGUCUCUUUAUCUGUUCCCCCCACAAUCACGGUUUCGUGUGACCUGCAAUAAAAUCAUCACUCACAAGAUGUUUGACCAUGUGGUUCUUGUCAUCAUCUUUCUCAACUGCAUCACUAUUGCCAUGGAGAGGCCCAGAAUCGACCCCUCCAGCGCUGAACGCAUCUUCCUGACGUUGUCCAACUACAUAUUUACUGCCAUCUUUGUGACAGAAAUGACAAUAAAGGUGGUUGCUUUGGGCUGGUGUUUUGGGGAGAAUACCUACCUGAAGAGCAGCUGGAACAUUCUGGAUGGCAUGCUGGUGAUGAUCUCCGUGAUUGACAUCCUGGUAUCCAUGAUCUCCAACAGCGGCACCAAGAUCCUGGGAAUGCUUCGGGUGCUGCGUUUACUGAGGACCCUACGGCCGCUCAGAGUGAUCAGCAGAGCUCCAGGACUGAAGCUGGUUGUUGAGACACUGAUGUCAUCCCUCAAGCCUAUCGGGAACAUUGUCGUCAUCUGCUGUGCCUUUUUCAUUAUUUUUGGCAUCUUGGGAGUUCAGCUCUUCAAAGGAAAGUUCUUUGUGUGUCAGGGGGAGGAUACUAGGAACAUCACCAACAAGUCUGAUUGCCUCCAGGCUAACUACAAAUGGCUCAGGCACAAGUACAACUUUGAUAACCUUGGGCAGGCUCUCAUGUCCCUUUUUGUUCUGGCUUCCAAAGACGGUUGGGUGGACAUAAUGUACGACGGACUGGAUGCUGUUGGUGUCGAUCAGCAGCCCAUCAUGAAUUACAACCCAUGGAUGCUGCUCUAUUUCAUCUCCUUCUUGCUGAUCGUGGCUUUCUUCGUGCUCAACAUGUUCGUCGGCGUGGUGGUCGAGAACUUUCACAAGUGCCGGCGGCACCAGGAGGCCGAAGAAGCCAAACUGCGCGAGGAGAAGCGCCUUAAACGCAUGGAGAAAAAAAGAAGGAGUAAGGAGAAGGAGCUAGCUGAAGCCCAGAGUAAACCCUAUUACUCCGAUUACUCACCUACACGGCUUCUCAUCCACAAGAUAUGCACCAGCCACUAUCUGGACCUGUUCAUCACAAUUGUCAUCGGGCUCAAUGUUAUCACCAUGUCCAUGGAGCACUACCAACAACCUAAGGUCCUGGAUGAGGCUCUGAAGAUCUGUAACUACAUUUUUACAAUCAUAUUUGUCCUAGAGUCCGUCUUCAAGCUUGUUGCCUUUGGAUUUCGCCGCUUCUUCAAGGAUAGGUGGAACCAGUUGGAUCUUGCCAUUGUUCUGUUGUCUAUUAUGGGCAUAACACUGGAAGAAAUCGAGGUCAACGCUUCCCUUCCCAUCAACCCCACCAUCAUUCGCAUCAUGAGGGUGCUGCGGAUCGCUCGGGUGCUGAAGCUGCUCAAGAUGGCCGUGGGAAUGCGAGCUCUGCUAGACACUGUGAUGCAGGCCCUGCCUCAGGUGGGGAAUCUGGGUCUCCUCUUCAUGUUGCUCUUCUUCAUCUUCGCUGCUCUGGGAGUAGAGCUGUUUGGUGACCUGAUAUGUGAUGAGCUGCACCCCUGUGAAGGUCUUGGCCGUUAUGCCACGUUCAAAAAUUUUGGCAUGGCUUUCCUCCUGUUGUUCCGUGUAUCCACCGGGGACAACUGGAAUGGCAUUAUGAAGGACACGCUCAGAGACUGCUCCCAAGACACGGGCAUCUGCUACAACACGGUGGUGUCCCCCAUUUACUUUGUGUCCUUUGUACUGACGGCCCAGUUUGUGCUGGUCAAUGUGGUGAUUGCUGUGCUCAUGAAGCACCUGGAGGAAAGCAACAAAGAGGCUAAGGAGGAGGCUGAGCUAGAAGCUGAGAUGGAGCUGGAGUUGGAGGCUGUGGGUGGAGAUGGAGGAAUAUCCCGAGGACACAUGCCACCUCUGGGACAUAGUGAUGUAGGUGGACCAGGGGGGUCGCCUUGGAUCUCAAGAGACUCUCGAGACAUGUCGGGACCUCUUUACCCCACAGACAGCCCACCUGCAGACAUACGCAGGGACUCUGAAGAUCACAUAAAGACAGAUCCUGAUCCUCCUCAUAAUUUGGAUCCGCCAUUAGAGCGGAGGCCUAUGUUUGACUCAGUUUCCCUGGUGAUCCAGGGCUCAUUGGAAGGAGAGCUCAGCCUCAUGGACAACCUAUCUGGCUCCAUCUGCCACUACUACGCUCUGCCCCCCCUUCCUAGCAAGCACUUCACUGAGAAACAGAUUCCUCUAGCCGAGAUGGAGGCUCUGUCUCUGGCGUCGGAGAAAUCCUGGUCCUUAGCUCUGAUGGAUGACUCUGUCCCAGAUGAUUUUAACCCCCUCUUACUAACCAGUCAGGAGUGCAAUACCACAGCUCCAGCAGAUCCCCCAGACCCCCAGCAGCCAGACGAGCCAACGGAUGAGCACUUACUGUACGUGAAGAAGACCUCAGUGGGCCGUACACAUUCUCUGCCCAAUGACAGCUACAUGUUCCUGCCGCUGCAGCCCAACUCAACCCACAGUACCCACACAACCUCACCUCAACUCGUUCAGACAGGGUCUACAGGCUCUAUCCAGUCUCAAACAGAAGAACCCACACUGCACUUGACUGUGCCCACUGAUCUGUUCAGACCGAUCAGUCCUCAUAGCCUAUCAGACUCAGAGAGCAUCCCACGAAUCCCCCCACCUCGACGGGCACACACUCUCUCACGAACCCUACGCAGACAGCUAUGUCCCCAUUCUUCCUCCCACACGUCUAAAGGCCAUUUCUGA